CUUAGUUGUCAUUACAAUGUUUUGUCGAACAGUCGUGUUUAAUAUAAUGAUAUAUUAUUUAAUAAUAUUGUCUUAUUUAUGCAGUGUUUGUGUAAACAGCCAUUUAGGAUUGUACGAAGGUGCUACAUGUGAAUCAAAUGGAGUUAAAGGAAGAUGUGUCAGUCUAUAUAAAUGUUUGGGCACUCUUGUGGAUAAGAAAGAAAAUAUACAAACACCAAUAUGCUCUUUCGAAGGCAAAACACCCAUAGUGUGCUGUACGGACUGCGAUCUGGUUGAAGAUAUCAGGAAAAUGAUAAUGGAUGCUCAAUUGGGUUUCCUGUAUUUAACUGGAAAGAAAGCUGAAGAUGCCUGCACUCGGUACAAGAAUAAAAUUGACUUUGGUUGCAAACAUGAGUAUGGGCAUUCAUGGUAUUAUGAAUUGCUUCGUCUUCGCUACUCAGAAGCUAAGAAAUGUCAUAAAGUAUCACUGGAGAAAUUCGACGAAUAUCUAUAUGUUGAAGGGCAAGACGCUGAACGGUACCAAUAUCCGCAUAUGGCUCUGCUUGGAUACGGCCCAGACGUGGACUCCGCUCUCUGGCUCUGCGGAGGCACUGUGAUCAGUGAGCGGUACAUCCUCACGGCUGCCCACUGCUUGUCCCAGCCAAAAAUAGGACCCGUGAAGUACAUCGCGCUCGGCAUCCUCCGACGCUCCGACCCUCUGGCCAUGUGGCAGACGUACAACGUGAGGAGGGUGGUGCCUCACCCGGAGUAUAAGUCGCCCUCCAAGUACCACGACAUCGCACUGCUCGAGACUGAUACUGAGAUAAAAUUCAAUGAUGACGUGCAUCCAGCGUGUCUCCACACGAAGGGAGAGGCUGAAGAGGUUCUGACGGGCACCGGGUGGGGAGCCCUGGGUCACAGACAACAACUGGCUGAUACAUUGCAGACUCUGGACAUCUCGAGGUUCAGCGAAGAGGAAUGUAAGCAGCACUACCCCAAAUACAGACAUCUUCUGCAAGGAUACAAUCACACCACACAGAUGUGCUACGGAGACAGAGUGACCGUGGCUGAUUCCUGCGAGGGUGACAGCGGCGGACCACUUCAGUCAAAAACUCUAGACGAGCAUCGCUGCGUGGCGACCGUGGUCGGAGUGACGUCAGCCGGGAAGCAGUGCGGCAUCACUGCUGGCUCCGGACUGUACACCAGGGUCAUACACUACGUGCCCUGGAUCGAGAGCGUCGUCUGGCCCUAAAGAACCCACGUGAAAGGGCGGUUUGGAGUCCGAAACAUUAUAAAAUAUGCAUUACUUGGAAUAAAUUAUAUUUCCUAAAA